AUGCCGCAGCCCUCGGCGGCAAGGAAUGCGUGCCACUGCGUAGUCGGCCUUGGAUCGAAUGCAGCGUUGGUGCUGGACUUCGGUGCCUGGGAUCGCGAAUGGCAUGGCAUUGACAGCGGUGCAUGGUGUGGCGGCAGACCGGCUGCUCUUCAAAUAGAGGACAUGCUUCGGCACGGCGGCCUGAAGCAGAAUGCCAAUGCCCAGAAAAGCAAAUUCCACCUGGCUGCUGUCCGUUUCCUUGAAGGCAAGGCUGAGGACCACGAUGAAGGCCAGGGGGUGGACGAAGAUAAGACAACCGUGAAACGGCUGGUCUCGUCUGAUACUGGCGGCCCCACAGCCGCCCAAUGCUUGACGGCACUGGAAGUUCCUCUUCCUCGAGGAAUGUUUUACAACAUCAUGGAGGCUGCGGCUGAGGCCGCCUUCAACGUGGACCGCCGUCGCCUGCAGCAACCCGUUCGGGCAGUGGCCUUGGCUGAGGAUGCAAGAGGCGGCUUCGAGCUUUUGAAGGUGCGGUACGUCAUGGCCGACUGGUCCGUUCAUUGCCGCAUGCUAGACCUGGCCACGGCUGAGAAGGCCGCACUGGAGAAAGCCAGAUCGCUGCCUGACACCCUGGCCAGCUUCUUGCCGGAGGAAGCCCUCCGGAAUGCUUUCAAAGACAAGAUCCGCAUCUUUAUGGCCGACGGGGAAUUUAGCGAGCCUCUGGCGGCACGGCUGAGUAAAGUCCAGGGAACCCUGCCGGGAUUGAAGGCGAUUAUGAGAUGCUCCGUCCAUAGUGGACAAAGGUCGCUCGAAAAGGCCUUGUCGUCUGACCCGGAUGUGCAGGGUCUUCUCCAGAGCUGGGUGCUUGGAUUUUCCGAUGGCAGUGGGAAAAAUCCAGGAGGAUUUUGCAGGGCUGUGCGAAACUCGCUGAAGCUCCAGCGGCUGACGGCAGAGAAGCAGCUUGAGGGUGUGGACGAAAGCCUGAGGCGAUUGUGCCACUUCGGCUUUGCACCCCAACGUUUCAACACCGUCUGCGAUGCUUGCGUCAACGUGGCUGAGAACAUAGAUGCGGUCUGCAAUGUCCUGAGCCAUCUCGCAGCGGUGGAUGAUGCACUGUCAGGUUGGGCCACUAAGCUUCUUCAACAAUGCUUUCAGCCGGAGAAGAAAUUCAACCACUCACUGGACGGCCAACAUCUGCGAUUGGCUGCGACAGCCCACAAUCUUCAGCAGCUCGAGCGUCUGAUCAAUCGACUCUUCGACUUUCGGAGUCCGGCAGGAGAGCUGCAGCAGCCGCUGGUUCUGGAUGAUGCCUAUGCACAUGGCUACGUACAAAGACUGCAGGCGACUCUAAAGCUUGAGCAGAACAAGUGCCUGGUUGUAAAGCAAAAGAUGAUCUUCUGGCACAGCGGCGCCAACAGGAACAAGAUACGUUCCUUCGUGGCCAAAGAACUCGGUGCCAUUCGCAACAUCGCUCAGCUUUUUGUUCAAGGCCUGAAAGCCGAUGUGGAGGUUGGCGUCCAGGCAUCGCUUUCUCCGUUUGAUGUCAACCAUACCCUGUGCAGCGACGAAGCUUUGCCAGAGCCUGACAUCUUCAAGCCGCUAGCAGAGGCUGCACAAGUGGAGGUGACACAGCUGGCCAAAGAGUUCCUCUUGGCACGUCCUACAGCCUUGCUGGUGAAGUCACAGCCUCCCGGCGACAAGUCUUUUCUUCGUGCCAGGUCAUUAAUGAAGGUCCGCCUCGACGGGCCGACAGCCGACCAACUCGUCUGUCGCGAGCCCCACAGCAUCCUCCCGAGAAAGCCGUGCCUGAAACUGCUGCAAGAAUACCGUCGCCUGUUUGCUCCGAGCGGCGGCUCGCAAGGAUGCCGCAGCUCACUGGGUCGUCGGGUUCUGAACGGCCGCCUGAACCCGCUUUCAAGAGCUGGCUUGAAGCGACAGCGAGGGCUGGAGCAGCAGCAACUCUUGCAACAGGCGCCGGCGGAGUCUCAGCUUGAAGACCUCGCUACUUUGGAGGCUGAAGCCGGCGAAUCAGCCAAACGUCGCAGGACUGACAAGCAAGUUAGCCUGACUGCCGCCCUGCAAAAGUACAAGACCAAGAAGGAGGAAUGGGCGACACUUGAUGCUUCGUCCGAAGCAGCCGCUGCUGGCCGCCUGAUAGAAAAAGAGCGGGAGGCUGAAAAACGCUUCGAGAAGCUGAAGAAGAUCGGCGUGGCCAGACUUUCAGCCGUGCGGUCUGAUGUCCUUGCGGCCGACCGCGACCGUUUGAUCAUGGUGGUGCAUGGCCAUGACUCCAGCAAGACACCGGGCCUGCCUGAUCUUGAACGACUGGGCAAUGCUCGUGCUUGGCCUGAGUCGAUCGAAGACCAAAGAAAUUUGGUUUACGAUCUGCUUCGUCAUACAUCUGAGGACUGCGGCAGUCAUCGACUCCUCUACUGGGUCUGCUUGUCUGACGAGGUCGAGCGUGACUUCAUCUUCAAGCCGUCUGAGAGUGCUUGCUCGGCUGUUGCUCGCCACUUGGGAGGCGGUUUUUGCGGUCGACAAUGGGUGCAGGCAUGCAUGGAUGAGGGCCGUCUCUUGCCAGCCUUGACAUGCCUGAAAAGCAGCUUGACGACGACACAGGAGCUGUGCUUGCAUAGCUCCUGUAUGUCUGACGACUCUGCUUUGCCCGCCACUCGGAUGCUGGGUGCUGUUCUCGAUGCCGCGGAGAGGGCUGACAUUACAAUUUCAUGGACACGUCGCAAGAGAUGGCGAGAUGUUACCUGCAAGAAGUGUUCUGUCAUAGUCGACGGUGAGACGGCUGAGAAGUACAGGAAGAAGAAGCAGAGGCAUCCGGGCUGUCUGAUGACAGUGGCGGAGUUCAUCGCUGCCAGCAACACGGCUCUUUUUUCGUUGGUAUUCGCACACAAGCUAUAG